UCGCUCGCCGCCGUGGGCAGGCUUGGGGCUCUCGGCGACUCCGCUCCGCGACCCCGUUCCUGCCCCGACACGGGUUGUGACUUUUCUCUGUCUGUUUGUUUUUGGGGAGAGCUAGAGCAGAGGAGGACCAGGAGAGCCCGGGUCCAAGCUUUUCACCUCUCUUUCCCCGCAGCACAGGGGAGAUGCUGGAAGCGGCGGUGAGUUCGCAGCGCCCGAGAAGGGCGGCAAGAAGCGUGUAAACUCCUGCGGUCCCCAGCGGCAGCCGCUGCCCCGCGACCCUCCGCCGGCCCCUCCUCGCCCCGCACGCCGCCGGCCUCGCCGCCCCUCGCUGCCACCGGAGGAGGCUGCCCACCCCAGCGGCCCAGGAUGCAGUUUCGCCUCUUCUCCUUUGCCUUGAUCAUCCUGAACUGCAUGGAUUACGGCCACUGCCAGCCCGGCCGCUGGAGACGCAGCAAAAGAGCUAACUAUGGACCAAAUCCAAUUUGCAAAGGUUGCUUAUCUUGUUCAAAGGAUAAUGGGUGCAUCAGAUGCCAGCACAAGUUGUUCUUCUUCCUGCGCAGAGAAGGGAUGAGGCAGUACGGCGAAUGCCUGCACUCCUGCCCGUCGGGCUACUACGGACUAAGGACGCCAGACAUGAACAGAUGCUCAAGAUGCAGAAUAGAAAACUGCGACUCCUGCUUUAGCAGAGACUUUUGUACCAAAUGCAAAAGUGGCUUUUACUCACACAGAGGCCGCUGCUUUCGAGGAUGUCCCGCUGGAUUUGCAGCCUUGGAAGAGCUUAUGGAAUGUGUGGAAGGCUGUGAAGUGGGUCAAUGGAGUGAGUGGGGAACUUGCAGCAGAAAUAACAAAACAUGUGGAUUUAAGUGGGGCCUGGAAACAAGAACCAGACAAAUUGUGAAGAAGCCAGCAAAAGACACAAUACCAUGUCCAACCAUUGCAGAAUCCAGACGGUGUAAAAUGGCCAUGAGGCAUUGUCCAGGAGGGAGAAGGCCAGCAAAAACGAAGGACAAAAAAAAGAAGAAAAAGAAUUUGAUGGAAAGGGCUCAGAAGCAGCACAGCAUCUUUUUAGCAACAGAUAAAACAAGCCAGUAAAGACUUGAUUUUCCUUAAUGUAUUUUUUUGCAAAGUGCACAAAAGCUGCUAUAUGCUCCUGCCCAUGGAUGCACUACAAUUCAGCUGCUUUGACAGUAUUGGUGGCAAAUAACUUGUGAAAAUAAAGCCCACAAGCUUGUUUGUUUUAUUUAUAUACUUUUUAUUUUAUUUUUUCCUUUCAUUUUUGACCUGAAGACUUCAAGGUCAGGAGUGCACUGAGCUGGAUCUGUGGAAGUGAUCCUGAAGUGCAUCAGUGAUAUUGUUCUGAGUGCCUGGUCAACGUGUUGUCAAGGAAAGAAACUUACACAGCACCAGUAGGUGGACUUGUGCAUUUUUAAAUAAAUAGGGGGAAAAGGAAGUCUUGGAGGUGUAGGUACAAUUGGAUUUAUGGCCUUUGUUUCCUAUAUUUGUACAUUUCAAGAGUAAAUGGAUAUGACUUACCUACUUAGCGUUAAUGUACAUUGUUCUCACCCCUGCUACGUCGACACAGUUGUGUAAUAAAACUGCUUUAAGACAACGUGCUGCAGGAUUCACUGCUCAGACCCACCCAAGCACAACAGACUCUGUGUGUACAUAUUACUCUGUCUACAUAUAAAUGAGCAUAUUUACUGUACAUCUAUGCAUUUUUAUGUAUAAUACUUUAUACAUGUUUAAAGGUAUGUCCGUUUGGUUCUAGUAAUGUACUUUAAAUAAUCCAGUAAAUGUUUACUUUUUGCUAUGUUUUAACUAUCUUCUCAUGUUUCUCAAUAGUUACAAACUGGAUUUCUUUUUCUCAUCUGCAAAGCACGCUCAUUUGCAGAACUACCUUGCACUGACCCUCACAAUGGAGUGUCAGCUCUGAAGUAUACUUGCCAGACUAGGAAUCCACAAAUUCUUUCUGCUAUUCAGUACUUCUGUCUCAGCUCCCAUGAAUUUUGUCUCAGAAAAAGACGAUUAAUGUUUUUUAAGAUGAGGCACGAUGAUGAUAGAAGUUUUGAGUGUCAGGAGAGAAUUUACUUGUAAAGUUCUUGGUAUCUAAGACUCUAUGUGUAGUUUGGGGUUUUAUGUUGGUUUUUUUUUUCCCAUUGUAAUGCAGUGUUUAAUUUCAGUUAGUCCUGAUGCAGUCAGAUAAGAAAACAAAUAAUUUUUCUCCCUGAAUAAGGGAGAAACAAAAUAAAGGUCAUGUAAGGUCAACCAUUCAAAAGUA